AUGGACAAGAGAAAUGAAGGCAGUGGGAUCCAGAAGAAAUCAGCUGAAUUCCUCCCUCGCUCACACUUUUGCUUUCACUUCCAACAGGACCCCCUUAACAGAGGCCUGCGGCGCGGUUUUUUCCAGUCCCACGCAGUGGAUGUAGAGGUGAAAGAUUCCUCCAAUGCUACGUGCAUAUAUGCAAAAUGGAUGAUGAGCUUCUUCAUAAAAUAUGAAACAAACAGUAGUGAAUAUAGAAAUGCAACCUUACAUGUAUCUCCCAAUGUGACACAUGAUGGAAGCACCUGUGGGAAUGAAACAUUUGCUCCACUCUUGGCAAUUCAGUUUGGAGCAGGUCAUUUUUGGAGCAUCAACUUUACAAAGACUAGUGGAACUUACCGGGGAAAUAUUAUUACAUUUACCUACAACACCAAUGAUACUGCUGUAUUUCAGGAUGCGAAAAAAAGAGGACCAGUUACUAUUGUUGUAAAUGACACCAUGCACCCAGUUCAACUAAACAGGGUCUACAAGUGUUGUCAUAACGAAUCUAUCGAAGCAGAAAAUGUUACACAGUCUUUCUGGGAUGUCACCCUGCAGGCUUUUGUUCAAAAUGGCACAGUCAGUAAAAAUGAGUCUAUCUGUGAUGCUGAUGCACCCACUUCUGUGCCCCCUGUUGCCAACCUAACUACAGCAUCUACCACUUCCUCACCUGCACCAACCACAACUCCCAAACCAGUGGAAAAACCAGUCCCAGGAAAUUACUCUCUCAAAAAUGGCAAUCAGACCUGUUUCCUGGCCACUAUGGGGCUGCAGCUGAAUGCCUCCCAAGAAAAGCCUUCUGUGAUCAACAUUAACCCAAAAACAACCCACGUCACUGGGAGUUGUGGAAAUACGUCUGCUACUCUGAAACUGAACGAUUCCAACAGCAGAUUUAUUGAUUUUGUAUUUGUUGUUAAAAACACAAGUGCAAAUACACAAAGGUUUUAUCUAAAAGAAGUGAACGUCACGCUGCAUGUCUCUACAAAUGGCUCUGAAGUUCUACAUGCUGAAAACCACAAUCUCAGCAAAUGGGACACCUCCCUGGGCAGUUCCUAUAUGUGCCAAAAAGAGCAGGUUGUUGAAGUCAACGGAGACUUUCAAAUACAUACUUUUGAUGUAAGGGUUCAGCCAUUCCUUGUGAAAGAAAACAAGUAUUCUACAGCGGAAGACUGCAGCCUUGAUGUGGACAACUUCAUUGUGCCCAUAGCAGUGGGAGCAGCUUUGGGAGGAUUAGUUAUUCUAGUGCUUAUGGCUUACUUUGUUGGCCACAAGAAACACCGUAAUGCUGGAUACGAACAAUUUUAAAAAUGGGAAAGCCUUUAUUUUAUCAGAAACUUCUUUUUAAAGACCCACAAAUUGGUAACAUACACCUGCACAGUUAAGGCAACACUUCUUUUUAUGGGGGUGGAGGGGAACUGACCUCUGGCUAAGAAGGCUUAAAUCAAAUGUAGCACUACCAACUUGAGUGAUUUGGUUUAGUCCACAGCCAAUUGGACUAAAUUUUUGAGUCUAUUCCAAAAAUACCACUUCAGUAAUCCUAUGACUUUAUGUACACCAUGGCAUUAUGUGAAUAAAUGUGUAGUUUUGUUCCUACUCUGUGUAAAUAGCACUUUGUGUUUGCUGUGGCUAUCUUCAAGUAUUAAUGUAUGUAAUCAAUCUAUAUACUUGCAGCUUAUUGAUUUUAUUACUUGCUGUGCCUUUUAUACAGUUAGCUAAAUAUUAAGGGUGUGUUCUGAGUACCCAUAAUAGACUUUGUUAAAAUUGGCUUUCA